UUACAAAUUUAUCAAACAAGUCGUCAAAUGAAUGCAUUUGCUUACUCCAACAGAAAAAAAAUAUACAGAGUAAGUAAAUGAAGUCACUAAAAGCAAUCAAUAUAUUAGUUGGAGCCUGAAGGAUAUAUUCCAAAGCCCUCGGGAGUAACGUUACGUCACUAAGUCAUAUUGUGGUUAUAAGCGGACUACAGCCAGAUGACGGUACCUCACUGACUAUAGAACACUCCAAGAGGCAAAGAAAGGCAUGCGCACCAAUACCGUUCCCGAAGAUCAAAGGGCCCAGAUCCAAGCAUGAUAAAAUAGCCAUCAUAGGGGCUGGUCCUUCAGGAAUCCACAUGGCGUACAGACUUAAGGAGGAAGGUUAUACCAGUGUGACAGUGUUCGAGACAAAUGACUAUAUUGGUGGGAAGUCUAAAACCCUCCAACACCGAGGAUUACCACACGACAUGGGAACAGCGUACACGCAGCCUGAUUACACGGAGAUUUAUAACCUGAUCACAAAGUUUAACGCCGGAACUUUACUACCUAUGCCCGAACCGGACGUAUGGGUCAGCGAAGAUUCCCCAGUUUUUAUAUCACUCCUCGAAAAUAGCAUCCGGAUACUUCAGAAUCUUCGUCCGAAUGUUACAACUUCAGUGGGAACAGGUAUUAUUUUACAAAACGUCAUGGACUAUGUAGCAUUGCACCAGAAAAUGUUUGGGAUAUACAAGGGAGUUAUGCCUAGACCGUGUCCUGCAGUCUUAUCACAAGUUAAUAUGACAUUUGGAGAAUUUCUUAGGAUCAAUAAUCUGGAAGGACUAAGAGGAAUACUUUUAGCAGCACAGACAAUUCAAGGAUACGGAAAAGUUGAUGAAAUAUCAGCAUUGUACGGCUUGAUAUGGACGACACCGCGGUUCCUCAUUGAGGUUAUGAAGCCAGUGGCACCACGAGAUACUGUAGUUAAAAUCUUAAGUAAAGGGUUUCAGUUUCUUUGGGAGGAAGUAGCAAGACAAAGCAAUCUUAAGGUAAAGUUAUCAAGUCCGGUCAAAAAAGUAUCUCGUUUAAAAAAUGGUAGAGGAUUUUAUGUAAAGUACAGACAUGGUCGUAGAUUACGUUGUGAAAAAUUCGAUUUUCUUAUAACCAGCCCGAUGAUGAAAUCCAUGUCUGAUGUGAUCAGGUUUGAACCCGAAGUUCAUGAACUGUUCAAGAAAUCGUUCAACUACUUCUACAGCGCUACCUUGGCGGAUACUGACUUUGGAUUAAGAAAGGGUGAACAUCCUCGAGAACAUUUCGUCUUUAAUCUUAACAAAAACGAUGCCUCUGUCUGGGGGAGCAGAGAUUCCUACAGUUCGUUGAAUUUCCUUGUAGGAGAAAACUACACAGUGCCAAACCCAGGAGGACAACAAAUCAAGACGUCCGUCUACUAUCAAUUAACAAAACAAAAACCAAAAUUGAAAACGCUCACCCGCAAGUUGAAGUAUCAUGUUUCGAACGUAGAAAAAUCCGGUAAUUUGACAAUAAUAGAUAGAAUCAGAUGGCCAUUCUUUCCUAGAUAUUCCGUUUCUGACAUGGCAUCAGGGAUAUUAUGGGAUAUAUUUGACAUGCAGGGCAAACACAAUAUGUGGUAUAUCGGAUCCUCUGUCAGUUUCGAGUCCGUUAUGAGUGUAGUCGAAUACAACAACUUACUGCUGAAGCAAUUCUGUGGUACCAAGAACAAAUAUAAAACAUAGUCCGCUAAGCUCCACAGGGACGUAGCACAAAGUUCCCACCAAGGGUUCAUUUAUAUAAUAUAUACACCAUAUAGAGCUUAUCUGGGUUAGAAAUUCACAGUAAUAAGGUCGACAUUUUUUUUCUUCGUUUUUGUUGUUGUAAUCAUUCAGGUAUCUCCCUUCGAUAAUCUGCUUCAUGAUGACGUUGAAUUUGUGGGGUUUUGGUAAAUAAAAUCUUUUCAGAAGAUAA